AAAUGGCCGAUAUCCUGGUACUACGAGCGGUUCGAGGGAACGCGAGGAAUCUGGAUCUAAGCGGCAAGAAGUUGAAACGGGCUCCAAAGGCGGUGGGAAGGUUGCAAGAAUUGAAACGAUUGCAACUGAGAAAUAACCUCCUCACCGAGCUCCCGGAGGAAUUCCAGACACUUCACAAGCUGACAUAUCUCAACCUGGGCAAUAACUCAUUUGAAGCACUUCCAGAAGUUCUGAAGAAUCUGAAACAGUUAACGAAACUGCAUUUGUUCGGUAACAAACUAGACAAGUUGUCACCAAGUGUGAUUGAGAGCUUAGAAAAAUUAGUUUUCUUGAACCUGAAUGACAACAAGCUAACAACUUUGCCUGAUGAAAUAAACAGGCUGAUGGGACUCCAAUAUCUUUAUGUGAACACUAAUCAACUGGAGAGCAUUCCGCAUAAACUUUGUCUCUUGCAGCAGCUUUGUGAACUGCAUUUAGCAAACAAUAAACUUAAAUCACUUCCACAUGACAUUGGAUAUUUGACUAAUUUAAAGAAGCUUUCUGUGCCAAGAAACCAAAUCCAGGAGCUUCCAGAAGAAUUAUGUAUUCUAAGGAAGCUAAAAGUUCUAGAUGUGGCUGGAAAUUGGUUAAAUAUUUUUCCAGCAGGGCUUAUGGAGCUGAAAUUGGAAGAAUUCUACUUUGAGCAGAAUCCAUUGUUGGAAAAAAAUCUCGUUUCAUCAAUACAACAAAAUGAAGUUUUAACUCUCCAGGAGAUUACAGCAAGAUAUAUCUUGGAUGAGCUGACAAGUAAUUCAUUCAAUUCAGGUUUUGAAUAUUACCCAGAAUUGAGAAAGAUAUUGAAAAAUGCGAGCCGAUGUGCUGUGUGUCAAAGAAGUUUUCUGAACACAUGGCUUGAAUGUGUGAAAUUUGUUGAUCUAACGCAGAAAAUUAGAAUGACCAGACCUGCUCAUGUUGUCCCUGUUCGGGCCUUACUUUGUUCAUAUAAAUGUUUCAAUAAAUCGGACCAUCAAUACUAUGCAAUAGCAAUGCCAUAACCAUAUGGGAUAAUGACUAUUAAUAAAUUGAAAACAGUCUAGAAGUUGUGAACUGUUAAUGAUGUACAAUUAAGAUGAUGCUCUAAAAUUAAACAAGGAAAGCUCACAAUGUCCAGAUUAUUCUCAGAUGUUCUGUAGAUCCCAAACAUCAACAUGCGAUCAUGGCUGUUUCACACUUUUUUUCUGUUUUAAUAUUACUUGUUAAAUCAGUCAUUUUUUUUUAGAAAAGUUUGUGUUUUUGUGACCUUUAGACUCUUCAUAUUUUUGGUGAAAACAAGUUGAAAUAUAUUUUUUAAAAAUCCUAUUGUGUUGCUUUAUACAUUUGAAAUGGAUAAAGGGCACAGUUCG